UUACAACAAAUGCAAUCAGAGGAGACAAAAAAGCAUACCAGAAAAAUUGAAGAUUUAAGCAAGCUUAAAGACAAUAGAUCCAAGGCAAGAAGCUUAUAUUUAAGAGAACUAAGAUCAUCUUAUGACAGAAAUCAGUUAGAAAACCAGGAGGAGAGGAGUCAUCCAAAUUUCAGAGAAAGAGAGAUAAGGGAAGAAUUGAAGCACCAAGAUGUGCCAGACGGAGCACCGACUUCUAGCCAGGCUAAUGAAAAUGUUUCAGAUAGUGGAAAAUCCAAACAGACAGAGCACACAAGAGCUCCUAACCACUACACAUUUGUCCAGCAGAAUGCUAGAGAAGAGACAAAGCUUAACAGAAGUCCAGGCUCUCCAAUCUUUAAUGAAAGUUUGAUGAGGACUCCUUCAAAUACUGCCUCUGAUAUUCAUAAGAUUAAGGUAGAGAAUUCUUCUCAGUUCAAAUUAGUCCAAAAUAAAGCAAAUGUUAGUAAUUUGAAAACUCCUCAAAGGACAGAUGAAGAUAACAGCCCACAAGUCAUCGAUGAGCAGGAGGAAGAAAGUGAAGAUGAUUCCCAAAGUGAUUAUACCUCAGAAGGAGAGCUCAACAACUCUCAAGCAAUGGAUUCAGUGAUCCAAAGCGUUAUUAAACUCAAUAAUAAUGAACAUAGCAAUAAUCACUGAUCAAAUGAGUCAUGGAUUGAGCAAGUGCCUGAAGAAGAGGAGAAGAAUGAUACUCAGGAAUAUUCUUCAGUAUCUGAACAACUUGUGAAGGACUGUAGUGACCAAGAUUCAAAAUGCAUUAAUCAGAAGGAAGCCAUGGUAGUUCUUCCUUGCUGCCACAAGUACACUAUCGAAACCUUGAAGAAAAAGUUCCAAGAAAAUAUCAAAAUCAUGAACGAUUAUAAGUGUGACAUCAAAUUCUGCCAGAGAUAUUUUGAGCCUUCCAUGAUUUUAGGGUAUCUGAAAAGUUCUCCUAAAUUAAAGAUCUACCAAUUCGAACAAGAAUGUGAGAAAUCAUUCAAUGCAGGAAAUGGAAUCCUUCUCAUUUGUGAUCACUGCACUUCGAUAGGUUUCUGGAGAAGAUCAGACCCAAAGACAUGUUCUAAGUGUAAUAGGACCAUGAUUGAUGUUGUUAAUGAACAGAACAAGACUAAGAAGAAGAUCAGAGACUACAUUGCUAAGACUAAUGGCAAAGAUAUCUCUUUUAUCGAGCAAGAGUCUAAGAAGUAUCAAGCUCUAUAUGAUCUAUACUUUGACUCUGUCACUAAGAACUUCACUCUGUGUGUAAAAUGUGGGUUUAUGAGAUCAAAAAUUAUUAACCUCGAGACUCCAGACUGCGAGUGUGAAUUUCAGUAACCAAGCAUAACUUCUAAGCUCAUAUAAAAUGAUUCAAUUUCUGUAAUU